CUGGGGCUCGGGGGCCAGGAAGUGCCAGCAGGGGCUGCCAGACGGGGUCUGGCAGUGUUGGGAGGCAGGGGUGCAUGCAAGGCAGCUUUGGGGGUGAUAUCCAGGCUGUGGCUGGGAAGGGGUCCAGCGAAAGCUUUUCCAUCCACAAAACGAUGUUUUGGGGAGGCUUGGAGAGCUGAUUUUUUCAGUGUCAGAUGCCUUGGUUAUCGGCGGCUUCUGUCUUCUCCAUGAAACAGCUUUGGGAUGACCCUGGCAGGGUCCAAUCCUAGGCUGUGUCUGACCCCCAGGGUGGCUGAGUAGCCCCUGGCCCUGGAGGCAUUUGCCCUUUUAGCUUUCUAGUGCUGGAGGCUGCAAGUGGGAGAAGACCAUGGUCAGAUCUUGUUCACUUAUGAAGAGCAGGUCUGGUUCUGCCUCAAGCAGAGGUUGGACUAGAUGUGACCCCAGGAGGUCCCUGCCAACCCCACAACUCUGUGACUUCUCUGCCCUGGUGUGAAACAGGAGACUGGUCUGCAGCAGCAUGGACAUCCGGAACGACGCCUCACAGCUGCGGAAGCUGGAGAACUGCACCAUCGUGGAGGGCAACCUGCAGAUCCUGCUCAUGUUCACCACGGGCGCCGAGGACUUCCGGGGCCUGAGCUUCCCACGCCUGGUCAUGGUCACCGAGUACCUGCUGCUUUUCCGUGUCUACGGGCUGGAGAGUCUGCGCGACCUCUUCCCCAACCUCUCAGUCAUCCGUGGUACCAGCCUUUUCUUCAACUACGCCCUGGUCAUCUUCGAGAUGCCGCACCUGCGCGACAUCGGCCUCCACAGCCUCACCCACGUGCUGCGUGGCUCCGUGCGCAUUGAGCGCAACCAGGAGCUCUGCCACCUCUCCACCCUGGACUGGGGGCUGCUGCUGCCCGAGGCAGCCCUGGAGAACAACUACAUUGUGGGGAACAAGCUGGCCGAGGAGUGUGCUGAUGUCUGUCCUGGCAUCCUGGACGUGGAGAAGCCCUGCACCCAGACCAGUGUCCACGGGCAGCUGGACUAUCGCUGCUGGACCUCCAGUUACUGCCAGAGGGUGUGCCCGUGCGGGGCCGGCGGGGCCUGCACCGUGGCUGGGGAGUGCUGCCAUGAGGAGUGCCUGGGGGGCUGCAGCCGGGCGCGGGACAGCGGGGCCUGUGUGGCCUGCCGCCACUUCCGCUUCCAGGGACGCUGCCUGCCUGCCUGCCCGGCCCGCACCUACCAGUACGAGGGCUGGCGCUGCGUGACGGCCGAGUACUGCGCCAGCCUGCGCAAGGUCUCCGAGAACCCGCGUGAUGCCUCCAAGUUCGUGAUCCACCAGCACCAGUGCCUCUCCGAGUGCCCGCCUGGCUACAGCCGCAACGAGAGCAGCAUCUUCUGCCACAGGUGCGAGGGGCUGUGCCCCAAGGAGUGCAAGGUGGGCACCAAGACCAUCGACUCCACGCGGGCAGCACAGGAGCUGGCAGGCUGCACCCUCCUUGAGGGCAGCCUCAUCCUCAACAUCCGCCGGGGCUACAACCUGGCCUCCGAACUGCAGAGCAGCCUGGGGCUCAUCGAGACCAUCACGGGCUUCCUGAAGAUCAAGCACUCCUUCGCCCUUGUCUCCUUGUCCUUCUUCAAGAACCUCAAGCUCAUCCGCGGGGACUCCAUGGUGGAUGGGAAUUACACCCUGUACGUGCUGGACAACCAGAACCUGCAGCAGUUGUGGGACUGGGGCCACCACAUGCUCUCCAUCCCCGUGGGCAAGAUGUACUUCGCCUUCAACCCCAAGCUCUGCCUGGCCGAGAUCUACCGCAUGGAGGAGGUCACAGGCACUAAGGGUCGGCAGAACAAGGCUGAGAUCAACCCCCGCACCAACGGGGACCGUGCCAGCUGCAAGACCCAGCGGCUGCGCUUCGUCUCCAACAUCACUGAGUCCGACCGCAUCUUCUUGCAGUGGGAGCGGUACCGCCCCCCUGAGUACCGUGACCUGCUCAGCUUCAUCGUCUACUACAAGGAGUCGCCCUUCCAGAACGUGACGGAGUACGUGGGCCAAGACGCCUGCGGGGCUCACAGCUGGAACGUGGUGGAUGUAGAGCUGCCCCUGCACAGCGACCAGGACCCUGGCGUGGCGCUGCUGGGCCUGAAGCCCUGGACGCAGUAUGCCCUCUUCGUCCGCGCCAUCCCCCUCACCACGGCAGAAGAAGGCCGCAACUAUGGGGCACAGAGCGAGGUGGUCUACAUCCGCACCCUGCCAGCAGCCCCGACGGUGCCGAGGGAUGUCAUCUCCAUGUCCAACUCCUCGUCCCACAUCAUCGUGCGCUGGAAGCCGCCCACGCAGCGCAACGGGAACAUCACCUACUACCUGGUGCUGUGGCAGCAGUUGGCGGAGGACGCCGACCUCUACGUCAACGACUACUGCCACAAAGGCCUGAAGCUGCCAACCAGCAGUGCGGACACCCGAUUUGAUGUGGAGGGCAGCGAGGGCCCUGAGGGCGAGGAGGCGGCCGAGGAGCGGUGCUGCCCCUGUCACCCGGCCGACGGGCAGCUGCACAUGGACGGCGAGGCCGUCUCCUUCCAAAAGAAGUUCGAGAACUUCCUGCACAACUCGAUUAUCAUCCCCAGACCCCCCUGGAAGGUGACGUCGGUGAACAAGAACCCGCAGAGGACCCCGAAGAGGCGUCGGGACAUCUUGGCUGUGACCAGCCCUGGCCACGCACUGCCCGAUGCACUUUCCUCGGAGCCCCGGGGGAAUCUGUCAGCCCCGCAACGUGGGGGCGUGAGCCCCAAGGCCGAGCCUGACUUCCAGAUCUUCGAGGACAAGGUGCUGCGGGACCGGACGGUGCUGUCUCAGCUGCGCCACUUCACCGAGUACCGCAUUGACAUCCAUGCCUGCAACCACGCUGCCCACACUGUGGGCUGCAGCGCCGCCACCUUCGUCUUCGCCAGGACCAUGCCCAAGCUGGAAGCAGACAACAUCCCUGGGAACGUCACCUGGGAGCCAGCCAGCAAGAACAGUGUCCUGCUGCGCUGGGAGCAGCCGCACAACCCCAAUGGGCUCAUCCUCAAGUAUGAGAUCAAGUACAGCCGGGAGACCGAGAACGUAUCCACAGUGGUGUGUGUCUCCCGCCACCGUUAUGCAAAAUACGGCGGCGUCCACCUUGCCCUGCUUCAGCCAGGGAACUACUCAGCCAAGGUCCGGGCCACCUCACUGGCCGGAAAUGGCUCCUGGACCGGCCUGGUCAAAUUUUACAUCCUGGGCCCAGUGGAGGAAGAGUCUGGAGGCAUCUACGUGCUGCUGACUGUCAUGCCCAUCCUGCUCAUGGUGCUCAUCACCUGCCUGGCUGUCUUCGUCUUCUUCUACAACAAGAAGAGGAACAGCGAUGGGUACCCCAGCGGCACACUGUAUGCCUCGGUCAACCCUGAGUACUUCAGCACCUCCAACAUGUAUGUCCCGGACGAGUGGGAAGUGUCACGGGACAAAAUCACGGUGAUCCGGGAGCUGGGGCAGGGCUCCUUCGGUAUGGUGUAUGAGGGCAUUGCCCGUGGCCUGGAGAAGGAGGGCGAGGAGACCCAGGUGGCCCUGAAGACUGUCAAUGAGCUGGCCACCAUGCGGGAGCGUAUCGAGUUCCUCAAUGAAGCCUCCGUCAUGAAGGCCUUCAAGUGCCACCACGUGGUCCGUCUCCUUGGCGUGGUGUCGCAGGGCCAGCCUGCCCUGGUCAUCAUGGAGCUGAUGACCCGCGGGGACCUGAAAAGCUACCUCCGGUCUCUCCGCCCUGACGCUGAGAACAACCCCGGGCUGCCGCCGCCCUCACUGAAGACCAUGAUCCAGAUGGCAGGGGAGAUAGCCGACGGCAUGGCAUACCUGAAUGCCAAGAAGUUUGUGCACCGCGACCUCGCCGCGCGCAACUGCAUGGUGUCCGAGGACUUCACCGUCAAGAUUGGAGAUUUUGGCAUGACCCGGGACAUCUAUGAGACGGACUAUUACCGCAAGGGUGGGAAGGGGCUGCUGCCCGUGCGCUGGAUGUCCCCCGAAGCCCUGAAGGAUGGGCUUUUCAACACCCACUCGGAUGUCUGGUCCUUCGGCGUGGUGCUGUGGGAGAUCGCCACGCUGGCUGAGCAGCCCUACCAGGGCAUGUCCAAUGAGCAGGUGCUGCACUUCGUCAUGGACAACGGCGUCCUCGAGCGGCCUGAGAACUGCCCUGAGAAGCUCCAUGAGCUGAUGCGCUGGUGCUGGCAGCAGAACCCGCGGCAGCGCCCAUCCUUCACACAGCUGCUGCGCCGCAUCCAGGACGACAUGAGCCCGGCCUUCCGGCGCCUCUCCUUCUUCUACAGCUCCGAGAACCAGCGCCGCGGCUCCGGCGAGGCCCCUGACACCGAGGCUGAUGCGCUGCUGGUGGAGGAGACCCCCUGCUCCCCUAAGGACCCAAACCUGGGCCAGGGCCAGCUGGGAGACUGUUCGCACAUGAAUGGGACAUCCUGCCUCUGAGAGCCCUGCCCAGCCCCUGGAGCUGCCCCCAUCCCCCCCAGAGGACUCCGGUGUCCCAGGGCUGCUCAGGAUCGGGGAUUUCCACCCUGGAGCACAUCUGGGUCAGGAGCUGAUCUUCCCGCUCUCCUGCGGGAACAGUCCUGGCAGGCUGCGCAAGAGCUGGACUGCGGGGGCUCCAAGCUGGCUGUGCACCCAUGGACAUGCAUGCACAUGCAGACACGGGUCACCCCACACAUGUGCUCAAAUCACAGCUCCAGACUGUGUGCAGGGCUUCCCCAGGUGGGUGAUGGAGACGCUGGGACCCCCAUGCCUUGGCCCAUGCUGGGCCGGACACUGGGGAGGGGGUCUCCCCUCCUGCCUUGUUUCUUUCUCAGCUGUGUGGGGGGCUUGGAGGUUUCCCCUCACUGAGCUGGCUGCUUCCCUGGCAGGGACCCUGGGGCCGCGCUGCACCAACCUGAAGGGAUUUUCUGUGCUGGGGAUGCUGGAAGCUCCCUCCAGCACAGGCUGGUGGGGAUGGGGCUGGACGACCCCUGGUGCAGACCUUGCACCCCUGGGCAUUCAGCCAGAGCCUGGGCAGGGAGCUGGGCACUGUGCUGCUACCUGCCUCAGGCCUCCUGGACUUGAGUGGCAGUUCCCCAGCAGCAGUAGGCAGCUGUUACCCCAUGCAAGGGGAGGCUGCUCCAGAGCUGGGUGUUGCAGGGGGGUCACACGCCAGACUGCAACGGGCCAGGGGCUGGGGUCUUUGCAUGGCUGGGGUGGGGGCAGCAUCUCCAGCACGUGGCAACCAGGAUGGGGCCAGCGGAGCCACGGGGUGCAGCAGCUGGGCUGGCUCCUGCUUGCACCAGCCAUGCUUGCUCAUUCCCAUAUGGUUGCAUGGAGCUGGAGGGCAGGUGAGGGGGGUGGCGCGCCGAACCGAGCCAUCCUCUCUGGACCGGGAAUUAGCCAUGCCCCCACAAACCUGGGGCCAGGACUGGGUUGGGGGCUGCAUGGAGGGGUCCGUGGCCACUGGAGCCCACGUGCAGGGGCAGCGCUGACUUGGCUCUGUCUUUCUGGUGCUGUUCAGUAAAGAAGAUGGGGCGUUGAGGCCCCAAGCAUA